AUGGCUGCUAACCCGACUCUGAGACUGCAGAAUAUGCUCAACCCCAAACGCAGGGUGUUCGAGGUGGAUCGUGUCGCUGCGGAGCACUCCACCGUCAUCCGUACAAUCCUCGCCGAGUUCGACGAGAGCUAUCUCGCCGGAAACGUUAUUCCCAUUCUCGUCGACGUAUGCGACGCUGCGUUGGCAAAGGUGUUGGAAUGGGUAACUCGCUGGCGCGACCUGCCCAAGGCUGCCGAUGUCGUUGUCGACUACAACCAGCCUGGGCGCAGAACAACAACGCAUGCUGCGACAACCAGGAAGGCCGAGCAGGCCAACGAGAAGGAAAUGGACACCACCGAUGUUAUGCGCUCGCCCUGGAACAAAGUCUUCUUCCGCGGUGUCAACGGUGAGAUCUUAUACGAGAUUCUGGUCAUAGCCAACUACCUCGACAUCAAGCCUCUGUGCGACCUCUGCUGCCAGCUUGUCGCUAACAUGAUUCGCGACAAGCCCAUUGAGGAGGUGUGUGAGAUUCUGUGCAUCGACAUGGAGUUUGAAAACGCCUUCAUAUAG